AUCACGGUUAUUAUCAAUAAAGCUGUCACCGAUUCUUCGUUUAUAAGUACAGACUGUAUUGAUCUCUUCCAGCAGUAGUCCGUAAACCUAUAGUAACACACUUCUUCCACAGCCUGUCCUUUCAGAACAGACGUAUUAGCUGGGCGUGAUGAAACUGCUGCCCUUGCUGCUGGUGGUGGGGCUGGUGGUCCUCGUGUGUCUUGAUGCUUCUGACGGAAGGCGGCGUAGAAGGGGUGUUUGGAGGAUGAGGAAUAGGAUGAGGAAUAGGGUGGGGAAGAGGAUGAGGAAGAUGAUGAUGAUGAUGAAGAUGAUGAUCCCGAAGAGGGGCAGGUGGAUAAGAAGUACGACGAAACUGCAUGGCAGAGAUCUUGAGAGCGAAGACAUCAAACAAGGAAGGGAUAUUGACCAAUCGCAGGAGGAGGUGUUAUUCAAUGCGAGAGAUGCAAAAGUGUUGAUGACGAUUAUGCGACGAAGGAGUGAGAACGUACCCAAAUCCGUGAACUGACAAUAUCUUACCUUGAUUAGAUAAAAUGUCUUAACAGA